AUGCCGCUCUGUCUUACCUUCAUCGACUUGAAGAAGGCUUUCGACUCAGUUGAGACGGAAGCGGUUGUGGAAGCUUUGGACAACCAAGGCGUCCCUACUCAGCACAUAAAGGGUGAUACAAUCUCACCCAAAAUAUUCACAGCCACCCUCGAGAAAGCAAUGCGAAAGUCGGAAUGGGACGCCAUCGGAGUGAAGAUUGAUGGUCGGCAGCUACACCAUUUGUGCUUUGCUGAUAACAUCGUGCUGAUAACACCUAGCAUCAGCCAAGCGGAACGAAUGCUGACCGAAUUCGACGGAACAUGUGGAUGCAUCGGUCUUCAACUGAAUCUUCAAAAGAAGAUGUUCAUGCGCAACGGAUGGGUCUCGGAUGCCCCAUUCAAGCUCAACGGAAUGAACAUAUCCGAAUGCACUAGCUACGUUUAUCUGGGUAGGGGAUUGAACAUGAUGGAAGACCUGACCCCCGAGCUGUGCAGGAGGAGACGAGCGGCUUGGCGAGCGUACAAGAGCAUCGAGGAUGUAGUGAAGAAGACCUGGAACGCUGGGCUCCGUGCUCACCUCUUCAACACCACCGUACUUCCUGCUUUGACCUAUGCUUCGGAAACCUGGGAAUUUCGCAAGCAGGAAGAAAACGCGAAAGCUGUGCUUAACAACAUGUUUCGCACUGCAAAAACCGUUUGUAGUGGACCUGAGGAGAGAAAGGAAUCGUUAACUUUGGCUCACGAAAUUCUGCUUCUAAUGGUUAUGAAAUCCGAACGUCUGAAACGAAACGAUACCGAAGUGAACGAACACGGCAGUUGGAAAACCCCACCACAGAUAAGAUACCUCUCUGCUUUCCUUACAUCUCCGAUGAAUUGA